ACCUUCCCAAUCUUCACUGAAAUUUAUUAUCUUCACUGAAAUUUAUUAUUUCACAUAUUUUUAUGGGAAAUCAAACCUAGUCCCAGUUGAUCUCUUCCCUACUCGACUCACCCCUCAGAUUCAAACCUCAAAACCCGUUUCUAUUUCUCUCUCAGACAAUUCACUCUCAAAAUCCAUGGAUCUAUGGAAUUCUCGCCGACUUUCCCAAUGCUUUUGACCUAAAUUCCCACUUUCUUGCCCGAAAAUUUCCUAUAAUUUUAUACAUAUACAUCGAUUCCGAUCUCGAAACCCUAAUUUGUAGAUCUCCGAUCAUGGCAAAGGAAUUCAAUGUUCCGCCGGUUGUGUUCCCCUCCGGCGGAAACCCCGGCACCGCCGCGCAACAGCGUCGGCUUCCGACGCCGCCGUUCCAGCCGCCACGGUCCGCAAACCCUAACAUCCCCUUCAUGUCCUUCGACAUCGGCUCGGUUUCCGCGGCGUCAACUUCGUUCUCGGCUCCUCAAUUCGGCGGUAACAUGGCGGGAAUGGGAAUCGGAACCGGGUUCGAGGACGAACCACCUCUACUCGAAGAGCUAGGAAUCAAUACGAGACAGAUUUGGAGCAAAACUGUAUCGAUUGCGAACCCGUUUAGAGUGAACGCGAAUCUACACGAAGAUGCUGAUUUGUCAGGUCCGUUUCUCUUCGUGAUGGCUUUUGGGUUGUUUCAAUUGCUUGCUGGGAAGCUACAUUUCGGGAUUUUAUUGGGUUGGGUCACUGUUUCAGCUUUGUUUCUUUACAUUGUGUUCAAUAUGUUGGCGGGUCGAAAUGGGAACUUGGAUUUGUAUCGGUGUGUGAGUUUGAUCGGUUACUGUAUGUUGCCUAUGGUGAUUUUAUCGGCGAUCGGUCUGUUCCUUCCACAAGGUGGGGCGGCAAUUUUUGUGAUUGCCGGGGUUUUCGUGGUAUGGUCGACUCGAGUUUGCACGAGGCUUUUGGUUGAAUUGGCUUCUUGUGGAGAUGAGCACCGUGGAUUGAUCGCAUGGUGUACCUACAAUAAGUUUUUCUGCAUCAUCUUUAUUAAUCAGCAUUAUUACUGGUGUCCGCCCCCUUGGCUUGCUCUUCUGAGGUCAUUAUCAUUGCCUAGGGCAGGAGAUAACUCCGGUAAUGAAUUGGCUUAUUUCAUGAAGAUUAGGUUCUUUGCAUCCAUGGAUUUCAAUGAGGUAAUUUUGGUCUGCUUUCAUUUCUUGGUGUUUGUAGUUUUUUUAUUAGGGCCAAGAGAGGCUAAUCAAGAUGUGUAUCUACUAAGGUCAUGUUUGGUUAAAAAUUUGAAAAGAAAAAGAUGUGAAAUAUGAAUGAAAUAUAGUUAU